CUCGUGUGUCGAAACAUGGCGGGCGGCGCAUAGGCGGCGGGUUUCUGGGUAGACUGUGCGCAUUGAAGUCACCUGCGAUGGCGGACAAGAGUCAGAUCUGCGACACGUGGGUCGGCACGGAGACGGGGAUCCUGAAAGGCGUCAGCCUGGCCGAGAAGAAGGCCUUCAGCUUCUGCGAGAGCAGCACCUGGAGCCGCGACCAGGAGGUGUGCGUGCUGUGCUGGGGCGACGCGGCGGAGUCGGAGGUGCUGGUCGCGGCCGCGAACGGCAGCGUCCGCACGUUCAGCGCGGAGAAAGGCCGCUUCACCGGAAGCAGGCCGUGCGGCGACGCCGCGCACGGCCGCUUCACCGGCCUGGCCGUCGCCGGCUCCGCGCUGGUGACGUGCGUGGAGAGCGGCCGGCUGCGCCUGUGGACGGAGGAGAGCAGCGAGCACGUGUCGGAGGUGCAGGCCGGCGGCAGCGUGGACCGGAUGCGGCAGAACCCGUCCCAGAAGAGCACGGUGGCCACCGGAGGGAAGGACAACGGCCUGAAGGUCUGGGACCUGAACCGGCCGGACAGAGCCGUGUUCUCCGCCAAGAACGUGAGGAACGACUGGCUGGACCUACGGCAGCACGAGUGGGUCCGAGACGUGGCCUUCAUCCCGGACUCUGAGAAGAUAGUGACCUGCACCGGUUACCACCAGGUGCGAGUGUACGACCCGUCUUCUCCUCAGCGCCGGCCGGUGCUGGAGGCUCACUACGGAGAAUACCCGCUGACGGCACUUUCCCUCCCCGCUAGCGGCAACGCCGUUGUCGUGGGCAACACCCAGGGCAACAUCGCCGUGCUGGACCUGAGGAAAGGGCUGGUCCGCGGCUGUCUCAAGGGGCUGGCGGGUGGCGUGCGUGCCCUGCAGUGUCACUCCUCCCUCCCCGUGGUGGCUUCCUGCGGCCUGGACCGCUUCCUGAGGAUCCACAGCCUAGAGGACCGCUCGCUGCUGCACAAAGUCUACCUGAAGUCCCGCCUCAACUGCCUCCUGCUGGCCAGCAGAGACCUGCAAAGAGGAGGCAGCACUGCGGAGGAGAGCGGGGAGGUGGAGGAGGUGAAAGAGGAGGAGGAUGAGGUGUGGAACAGCAUGGAACAGAUUGGACAGGAGAGGAUGAAGAGAAAAGCCACUGAGGAGGAACAGGAGGAGGAUGAAGGUACACAGAAGAGGAAGAGCAAAAAGAAAAAGAAAAAAGCUCAGCAAUGACCAGAACAGAUUUUUCUAAAAACUUGAGCCGGCAGAGACAAACCUGCCCUGACAUGAGAGACAAGGGAUUUAUUUUUCCAACAUUGAGGACUUUUGCGUUGAUUUCCUGUUCACCUCCAUGACAGGUUCAGUGAACUAAGAGCUGCGCUGAGCACGGGAUCAGAACCGUUUAAAACGCAGCCAUAUUCAGUCCCAGUCGUUUGCAUUUGUUGCUGUUUACUGACAAGACCCAUCUGUCCCAUCUGUCCCUACGGCUUUUUACAAAACUCUAUUAAACUGUAAACAUGAAUGGAAAUUGAUGCCAGUUUUGUCAUUGUUAGCCGCGUUUCCAUCAAGCAAG